GCUUCGGGGGCUGUAGGUUUUUCUCGGCCUGCGCCUACAAAGGCAGUUCCUGCGUGGAGUAGUUGCGGACGCAUCUUCCUGAUUCUUGGACCGCCUGCUGCGACAGGAGCGGACGUCUCCCGGCCCUUCGGCCUCGAGGUUCCAGAAGCAGAAGGGGCCCUCCUGCACUGCAAAGGAAGCUGGGAGUUGCUGCCAUGAAGCAUAUGUUGAACCUCUAUCUUCUUGGUGUGGUGUUGACCCUGCUGUCCAUCUUCAUUAGACUGAUGGAAUCACUGGGGGGCUUAUUGGAGAGCCCAUUGCCUGGGAGCCCCUGGACCACCAGAGGUCAACUAGCCAACACAGAGCCUUCCAAGGGCCUUCCAGACCAUCCAUCUAGAGGAGUGCAAUAAAACCUCCCUCUGGGUGCCAGCCGUACUUUGGCACACUGACCUCAGAUGUCCAUCCAGGUGUUCCAUUUCUAAGACUCAAGACCAGUGUCUCCAAAGAACUAUUAGGCCCGGAAGGCCCUGUUUGUAUGCUCCUUGCCCUGGAAAAAGCCUGUUUAAUGCACAGGUGUGAGUGGGUUUUCUGGCUGUGGAAUGUUCUCACUCUCCCAGGGUCCGAUGUAUGCUUUACUGUCCACAGCAGUGUAGCUUGGACACCUUGUGCUGCAGCAUCCAAGAACCAUCCAAGAGGGUUCCUUUGGACAUGAGUAUCUUCUGGUUGGUUUAUUUAGUGUUCAGUCUGUUCUAUGAGAGUUCUGUUUGGAUCACAGUUGAGGGCUGUAAGGAGGGGAAAGAUGGAAUAAUAUUCAAUGUCUAAUUCUCAGUUUUACAUUUAAGUUCUUCCUCCAAUAUACUGUGCAUGUGUUUGUAUAUAAUGGACCAAAGAGGGCAGUGGGAUGACCAGGCCUGCUCAGGGUGUGGGUACUCUGGCCACUGUGUGGCUUAAGUGAAUUUUUCUAAUGCAAUAAAGGUAAAUAUAUAUUUCUA